AUGUGGACCGCCGAUGAGAUUUCCAAACUGUGCUACCAGCGCUUCAGCGAGUUGCCCAAGAGAGGAAAGCCCGAGCCGGGCAGAGAGUGGACGCUUUUGGCCGCCGUAGUAAAGUGUUCAGUGUCCCCGAAUCAAGAGAAAGUUGAGGAGGAGGUAGUGUCAUUGGGAACUGGCACUAAGUGUAUUGGGCGCUCAGCCAUGAGCUCAAAGGGAGAUGUGCUCAAUGACAGCCAUGCAGAAGUCAUUGCCAGGAGGGGUUGCAUUAGGUAUCUGACUGAGCAGCUGCAGAUGGCAGUAUGUGGGCAAGGCAGCACUGUGUUCUGUCAGGGAGAGGAGAUGGGAAAGUGGAAGGUGCAGUCAGGGGUGUCUUUCCUGUUCUUCACAAGUCACACACCAUGUGGAGAUGCCUCCAUCAUUCCCAUGAUGAUUGACCACCAAUCCCAACCCUGCCCACCAAUAAGGUCAGAUGAGCUCACCCCCAUUGGAACCAAUGAAAAAGCAGAAAGAGUGAACCUGAAACGCAGAGCGAAGACACAGACUGAUGGGAUCAAUAAACAUCCUCGAUUAGAAGAACCGGAGAAGUCAGAGGAUGAGCUACAGUGUGGUGGGAGCCUGGUUGAAAAUCAUACUGACAGCCCUGCACAGGCCCCUGCAGAGAGUCCAAGGCCGGAGGGGGAGAAUGCGUUGACAAACGUGGUGUUAAAACAAAGGGACAAUGUUUUGACACAACAGUCUCUACAGGACAUACACCGGACAGGUGCUAAGUGUGUCCCUGGAGGACCAGAGGAUCCCCUCCAGCCCGGGUUAGGGUACCACAGUACUGGGCUGCUGAGAGUGAAGCCUGGUAGGGGGGAGCCCACUCUGUCUCUCUCCUGCAGUGACAAGCUGGCCAGGUGGGCAGUGCUAGGUUUCCAGGGUGCGCUGCUCUCCCAUUACCUACAGGGGGCAGUCUACUUCAGCGCAAUAGUGGUGGGGAGAUGUCCAUACAGCCAUCAGGCCAUGCAGAGAGCUCUGAUCACCAGAUGUUCUGAGGUGACAGCCCUGCCUGCUGGCUACACAGUGCAGCCUCCAGAGCUCCUGCAGUCCAGCCUGGAGUUUGCUCACAGCCAGGCACAGACUGAGCACAAUCAUCAGCCCGGCAAGGGCAGAGUCUCACCUUGUGGCGCAGCUAUCAGCUGGUGCGCUGUUUCAGACCAGCCACUAGAUGUCACUGCUAAUGGCUAUAAACAUGGAGUGACCAAGAAGGCUCUGGGCACAUCAAAAGCAAGGUCUCUUAUUUGCAAAGUGGAACUAUUUCAUUCUUUCCUGUCACUGCUGGCUGUCACUGACAAGUCCCACCUCCCUGAAUCUCUAAGGGGAAAGGAGCUCCAGACGUACUGGGACUACAAGCAGGUGGCUCAGUCGUACCAGCAGGCCUCGCUACAGCUGCGCUCACAGGCCUUCCCACUGUGGCUCCGCAGUGAUCGCGACCUGCUGCAGUUUCACUGAAACACAGCACAACUGUGUACUAACCAGAAACCGUUACCUCUCUGGCUUCUGUCUCCUGUUCCACAUCUCACCACCAACCACCUUGCUCUGGAUAUCACUCACCACCAUUACCUUGGAUUCCCCUCAGGACCUGUUCCCCUGUUCUACUCAGCCAACUCCAACCUCACUCUACACCCCUGGUUUUUGCAACUCAUCUGAGCUACCCCGGUUCUGCACUCCCCAUUUCUCUGUUCAAUAAACAUUUUUGUGCAUUCAUCCCGGCUUCCUAUUCUGAGUCCGCUCUUGGGUUCCCCCCUUCGCUCAUCGUAACACAAGCUAGACAAGCAGUCAUCAUCAUGAAUCACGUAGACUAAUCUACUAGCAAAUCCGUUCCAGUCCUUGUCAUAUAAAGAGAAAUUAUAGACAAAACGUAUCGGUGCUCAUCGGCCAUUGGACAUUACACAACAAGUCGGAAAUGUAAAAUUCAACAAUGAGUGGUUCAGAAGUAAUCAGUGUCUAACUGCAAGCGUUGCAAAGCAAUCACUAUGUUGCUUCCCCUGCCUGCUAUUCGGUUAAGAGGGCCUCUUUCUAGAGCUUCAACCUGAAGAUCACUGGUUCAACAUUGUUUUCCCGGUAGUCUUGAAAGGACCAUAAAUCCAGAGAAUGACAGACUUUGAUGACAGAGUUUGCCCACAAGAAGGACAGUAGCGCCACAUUACUGUUCAAGUGAACAUAGCACAACAACAGUCUAUGGCUUGGGUGGCUGGAGUUUUUAACAAUAUUCUGGGCCCCCCUUUCACACCAUCUGAUAUAGAGGACCUGAAUGGCAGGGAGCUCGGUCCCAGUGAUGUGAUCGAGGGCAGUGCUGUUGCCAUACCAAGCAGUGAGGAGGCCAGUCAAGAUGGUCUCAAUGGUGCAGCUGUAGAACCUUUUGAGGAUUUGAGGGCCCAUGCCAAAACCUUUCAACCUCCUGAGGGGGAAGAGUCGCCGUUGUGCCUUAACAACUGUGUGCCUGUGUGUGGACCAUUUUAAGUCCUUAGUGAUUUGGACACUGAGGAACUUGAAACUCUCAACCUGCUCCAGUGCAGUCCCAUUAAUAUGGAUGGGGGCGUGCUUAUCCCCCCUUUCCUGUAAGCCCACGAUCAGCUCAUUGGUCUUGUUGAGGGAGAUGUUGUCCCGCCAUCACACCUCCUACUUGUCUCAUCGUCCGAUGUGAUCAAGCCAACCACCAUCGUGUCGUCAGCAAUCUUGAUGGUGUUGAAGUUGAAUGUGGCCACGCAGUCGUGGGUGAAUAGGAGGGGACUAAGCACAC